AUGGAGGGUAUCUUGGACGAAAAUCCAUCAAGCCAAGACAACUCCCGACCACGUCAUCCGACCCCAGAACAACAGGAGGUCAGGAACCCAGCCCGGAUGGCCAGCACCUUCCACCGCUCAAACGAACACAUGAUCACAGAUCCUCAACAUCCCGAAAAAACAAGGGACAAAGCGACACAGAUCAUUCAAGAUCUCUGCCUCCGAGUCCAGGAACUUGAAGGUAAACUGACCGACAAAGGAAAAUACGCCAACGAACACGGAAGCCAGGCAACGUCCAGACCACAAUCCUACCGCGGAAGGUCGCCAACUCGGUAUCAUGAUAGAAGAGAUGAUCGUAGCACCUCGCGCAACCACCGACACGAGAAAUCGCCAGAACGGCGACACAGCAAAAAACACCACCGCAGCGCAUCCCACGAUCUGAAUCGUCAGCACGAUUCGGACGAAGACCCGAGACACCGGCACACCAAGCGCACAAGAAACGACCACAUCAUAAUGGGAGCCACGCCCUUCACGGAGAGAAUCCUAAGAGCGAAACUCCCCAAAGGCUUCGACAAACCCACCGACAUGAAAUACGACGGAACUAAAGACCCUCAAGAACACCUAACGGCUUUCGAAGCCAGAAUGAACUUGCAAGGAGCAUCCGACGCGGUCCGAUGCAGAGCCUUCCCUGUAACUCUUGCCGGACCAGCGAUCAAAUGGUUCAACGCCCUCCCGAACGGAUCCAUAACCAGCUUCCACGACAUCACGAGAAAAUUCAUGGCCCAAUUCACGACCCGAAUCACCAAGGCCAAACACCCCAUCAGCUUGCUAGGGGUCACACAAAAACAAGAAGAAUCUACAAGAAAAUACCUCGACCGCUUUAACGACGAAUGCCUGACGGUCGACGGACUCACGGACUCCGUUGCCAGCCUCUGCCUAACUAACGGACUCAUGAAUGAAGACUUUCGCAAACAUCUCACCACCAAACCAGUAUGGACCAUGCACGAAAUCCAGAACGUCGCCAAAGAUUACAUCAACGACGAGGAGGUUAGCCAGGUCGUCGCUGCCAACAAGCGGCAGCACGGCAACCCGACUCCCCGUCAUAACCCUCCACCCAAAGAAAACCAACGAGACCACCUUAAGCCGACCCACCGACCACCAAGAAUAGGAAAAUUCUCCAAUUACACCCCCCUAACAGCACCGAUUACUGAGAUAUACCACCAAAUAGCAGAUCGAGGCGUCAUCCCCAAAGCCCGACCACUCAAGGAAAGAACAGGAGGAAGCAAAGCCCUCUACUGCGACUACCACCGAGGUUACGGACACAAAACACAAGAUUGCUUUGACCUUAAGGACGCUAUCGAACAGGCCAUACGAGACGGCAAACUCCCGGAGUUCGCCAAAUUCAUCAGAGAGCCAAGGCGCGCCAACAUCGACAAGUCACCAGAAAGAGAAGGGCGCAACCCAAGAACCCAAAAGCCGCCCCCCAGGGAAAACAACGAAGAGGAUCCGACCAUCAUAGUGAACGUCAUCACGGGCAAGGACGUACCAAACAAAUCAAAGCUAACAAUGAAAAAGGACCUCAAAAUAAUGGCCGUCGGGCACCACGACCCAGUCACCACAGCCGACAGCACGAUAACUUUCUUACCGGAAGACUGCCAACACGGCACUUCGGCCGAAGACGCCCCUUUCGUCAUAUCGGCCCGAAUCGGAACAGGGCUAGUAAGAAGAAUAUUGGUAGAUACUGGAGCCGACUCUAACAUCCUUUUCCGAGGAGCUUUCGACAAACUCGGGCUCCGCAACGACAACCUCCAAACACACCGUCACGGCGUCACGGGCCUCGGAGACAACUUCCUCAAACCAGACGGGUCGGUUACCCUUCCCAUCACCAGAGGAACAAGCAAUCAGAGAAAGACGAUCUUGUCCGAAUUCGUAGUCCUAAAGGACUCCACAGCAUAUAACGUCAUUCUCGGGAGGAAAACAAUCAACGACUUCUCCGCAGUCAUUUUCACCAAAUACCUCCUCAUGAAGUUCAGGGCCGACGACGGCACCAUCGGGACCAUUCACGGAGACCGGGAAGUCGCGGCCGAAUGCGACAACAAUAGCUUAGCCCUAAGAAAGAAAUCCCGGGACGCAGCCGGAAUAUUCCUUGCCGACCUAGACGCACGACUAGACGGCCAACCCAGACCGGAACCAGAAGGAGACAUGGAAAAACUACAGAUAGGGCCAACCAAAGAAGAAUACACUUUCAUCAACAGAAACCUCCCACACGACCUCAAAGAAGAACUCUCGCAACUUCUGAAACAAAACAGAGACCUAUUCGCAUUCACACCAGCCGAUAUGCCGGGAAUAAGUCCCGACCUGAUGUCUCACCACCUGGCAGUAGACCCCCUAGCCAAACCCGUGGCGCAAAGAAGACGGAAAAUGUCACCAGACCGAGCCGCCGAGGUCCAAAAACAAGUAAAAGCCCUACUCGAAGCCAACUUCAUCCGAGAACUCCCUUACACGACCUGGCUAGCCAACGUCGUACUAGUUAAAAAGUCCAACGGGAAGUGGCGAAUCUUCAUGGACGCAUAUUCCGGCUACAACCAGAUCCCGAUGCACCGACCAGACGAAGAAAAGACAUCAUUCAUCACCCCAGACGGAACCUACUGCUAUAAAGUAAUGCCCUUCGGCUUGAAAAACGCCGGAGCCACCUACCAGCGACUCGUUAACAAGAUAUUUCGCAACUUAACCGGAAACAAAAUAGAAGUCUACAUCGAUGAUAUGCUCGCCAAAACAGAAUCCGGUGAGCAACUAACCGACGAUCUAAAGGUCAUAAUGAACACCUUGCGAAAGCACCAAAUGCGACUCAACCCAACAAAGUGCGCUUUCGGAAUGGAAGCAGGAAAAUUCCUCGGAUUCAUGAUCACACAACGCGGAGUUGAGGCAAACCCGGAAAAAUGCCGUGCCGUCCUCAAGAUGACAAGUCCCAAGAACCUCAAAGAUAUCCAAAAGCUCACCGGCCGACUAACCGCACUAUCCCGGUUCCUCGGAGCCUCGGCACAAAAGGCAAUCCCUUUUUUCAAACUUAUGAAAAAAGGGAUUCCGUUCAAAUGGGAGAAAGAAUGCGAAGAAGCUUUCCAACACUUCAAAAAGGUCCUAACAGAACCUCGAAUCCUCGCAAAACCUCAAACAGGGGAAACGCUAUACUUGUACCUCUCCAUAACGGAAGAAACAAUCGCAGCAGCACUCGUCCGGGAAAACGAGAAAAAGGAACAGAAGCCCAUAUACUUCAUAAGCAAGGUGCUACAGGUCACGGAAGCCCGUUAUUCACGACUAGAAAAACUGGCUUUCGCACUCCUCUCGGCAUCCCGAUGA